ACAAACUGAGCCCCCCUCCCUGACACUCAGAACGACCGCCAGGUAAUGUUCACUGUGCCAGGCACGGAAAAGUGUUUUUCUUGGUAUCGGGUAACCCAUUUUAAUCUUCCCAACAAUCACUAUCUGGUGAGUUCUAUUGUUACCCCAUUUGACUAAUGGUAAACUGAGGCUGAGAGAGGCUGAGUCACUAGCCCAAAAUCACUCUGGGGAGUCCAGCCUGCGCUCUUUCCCUCCAGACCAAGGCUUAACGCCACCACUUUCUAGCUGUGUGUCCCUGACCAGGCUGCGGGACCCUCCUGGUGCUCCAUUCUGUCACGUGUAGAGUCCAUCCCUCUGGAACAGGCUGAGCCUGAGGAUGCCUUGGCUGCCUUGUGAAAACUGUUAACAUCGGUAACAACAGCCGUCAUAGUAACAACAAUAACUAGAAUUUUGGGGUGCCAGGCACCAUACUCAUUUAAAUCCCCAGAGCCCCCUCAUUUAAUCCCAUGAGACUGCAGCCCUGCAGGAAGGAAUUCCCAGAGGGAGGUGACUGUCACCUCUUCCACCCCAAGUCCUAUAACUCACUGCAGGUAGGAACAUUUGAUAGGCCAUUUUUUCAUGGGAAUCCUGAGGCCCAGAGAAGGAGCUGUCCCCCAGGCCUCAGCCUCAGCCCUCUGCCCCACUCAGGCUGAAGAGGCUCCUGUUCCAUGUCUGUGCCUGUGGGAGCUGGGCCAGGACUAGUGUACAGGGCAUGAGGAGACCGGCAGUGAUGCACAUCAGCUUUCCUUCCCCCUCAGCACUGCAGCCUCCUCCAGUCCCUGACUUUACAGGGGACGGGGCAACAAGUCCAUCAUCCUCCAAGUGGCCUGCUGAGCCCUGCCUAGCCCUCCACUGAGGCAGAAAUGGGGGAUGGGGAGGGAAGGCUCCUUCAGGCACUAAUAGUAACAGCAAAGCAACAAUAAUGAUUUUCAUAAUAGCAAAGAAAAGAACAGUCCUUCCUUUCCAGCCUCGGCCCCGGACCCUACAGCUGCCAAGACGCUGAUGCCUAAGAAGAACCGGAUUGCCAUUUAUGAACUCCUUUUUAAGGAGGGAGUCAUGGUGGCCAAGAAGGAUGUCCACAUGCCUAAGCACCCGGAGCUGGCAGACAAGAAUGUGCCCAACCUUCAUAUCAUGAAGGCCAUGCAGUCUCUCAAGUCCCGAGGCUGCGUGAAGGAACGGUUUGCCUGGAGACAUUUCUACUGUUACCUUACCAAUGAGGGUAGCCAGUAUCUCCGUGAUUACCUUCAUCUGCCCCCAGAGAUUGUUCCUGCCACCCUACAUCUGCCCCCCGAGAUUGUUCCUGCCACCCUACACCGCAGCCAUCCAGAGACUGGCAUGCCUCGGCCUAAAGGUCUGGAGGGUAAGCGACCUGCAAGACUCACAAGACGGGAAGCCGACAGAGAUACCUACAGACAGUGUUCUGUGCCCCCUGGUGCUGACAAGAAAGCCGAGGCUGGGGCUGGGUCAGCAACCGAAUUCCAGUUUAGAGGCGGAUGUGGUCGUGGACGUGGUCAGCCACCUCAAUAAAAUUGGAGAGGAUUAUUUCACAUUGAAUAAACUU